GACUUACUUGUCUGGAGGACCUAGAGGGAGCAGGAUGUUCCGCUGUUUCCAGACUUGCAGAGGCUCUGGCCACAAAAAAGCCAAGAGCAGUUGGCUUGGCUGCUUUUGGAGACGUUUGAUUCGUCCUCUGACACACUUGAGGCAUGCUUCCCGCAGUGAGCCCAAGGUCUGUUGUGAAAAUGAACAGGAGCCAGACUCUAUGUCCAAUCACCCCCGAUUCGACUACAAGAGUCGAGAAUACAUUCAACAGAUGAUUGACUACAUACCAGCUGCUAUUCAAAACCGCGACCACCUCUGUCUCGACAUUUUUGUUGCCAUGUACCGAACAUAUGCUACCACCUGGGAGGUGCUAGACCUGCUGAUGAAAACGUAUGCAUCCUUCCGGACUGACUGCAUUGAAGACCAGCAAACUAAGAGUGCCAUAUUCAGCUUUCUGUUCGGCUGGUUUCAGAAAUUCCCCCAGGAUUUUUAUGAGUCCCCAGACCUGGCUGUUUUGAGUCAGUUCACAGAGUAUGUGAGGCUCAAUGUGCCUUUCGGAGAUGGAGAUACCCAAGCCAGGGAGCCUCUCUCCAUGUUUAAGGAUCAGGAGGCCAUCACACUUAGACUUGAGGAAGGUGAGAAGGUCUGGUGUUGGCUGCUUGACAAGGUAGGAGGGGGUUUCGGUGAUGGGUUUCACUAGGGUAUUCUCAAGAGUUUAAAAUGAUGCAAGGACUGGACUAUAGUCAGGUAAGAGGAGAGAACUGGGGGUCCUCUGGCAUGAAAAGGCCUUGUGUGUCCAUCAACAGCAUCUUGGGGAAACUUCCCCCAUGCUAGGCUGUCUCCACUAAAAGCCUGUCUCCUUCUGCCUUUAGAUUGUGCAACAACUCCAGAUCCCCCAGAACAGGAUGUCUCUGGGAGGCAGGACACUCUGGCCCUCAGGCCAGCUUCUAUGGCAGAGCCACAGGGAGAUAAGCAAUCCCGAGAGGACACUGUGCUUGUGAAAAGAGCAGUUCUGGAUCCCUUUGAACCAAAAGCUGCAAUAGAGCUGCUUCCGACUUUAGAUCAAGCUCUGCCCACAUCAGCUGAUACACACUCACCUGUAGAUGUGGCUGCAGAUGAGGCUGCAGAUGUGGCAGCAGAUGAGGCUGCAGAUGUUUCACCUGCCAGGCAGUUAUUUGUGCCUUACACUGUGCCCACAGAUACACCAGGUUUUGUUUUCCCUCUGCCUGAGGUUGACAUAUAGUUAGGAGAAUGAUCUGCAGAGUUCCACCCAGAUGAGGUUCCCCACCUAAGCUUAUAUUAUUUCUUUAUAGAAAAUAUCUUAUUGUUUUGUUGGGUUCUAUUUUUCAUAUUGUUGUUUUCAUUGUUGGGUUUUUAUUUGUGUUUGGAUAUUAAUAAAAUGAAUUGUUUACUCUUCUUAAGA